AAAGAAAAUAUUAAAAAAUAAAUAAUUAAAAAGAGUUAAACGAACCUUAAGUUUUUAAUUAUAAAAAUAAGAAAAAAAGCAUACAUCUUCGUAUAUUUAGUUCUAAUUAUAAAAUAAAUCUUUAUCUUUCAAAGAUUAUCAAAACAACUUAUAAAUAAAACAUAGAAGAACAUAAAUUAUAAACCGCAAAAAUUCAUAAUAAGCUCAAUAUAAAACUAUUUACUACACUUACUAAAUUAACUCAGAGUCUCUUUUAUAUUCUACAUUUAUCAACUAUCCUAAUUUACUUGUAUGUCAGCAGAAGAAGACAAACUUUCUCAUUAGUAGAAGUUGCAAAACGCAAGAUCCACUCGUGGGCACAGAAGAACAUAAUCUAACUCCUAAUAUGAUUUCACUUAGCUCUAGGUGGCUCCUUAGAUGACUGAAGAAGAAAAAAAAAAUAAAGAGGAUUUCGAAAAAAUGAUUCAGAUUAACAGAAUUAUAGAUGCAAGCUCUACUGUGGAGGCCCUUAAUGCUCAAAAAAAUAAUCAUGAAGAAAAAAAAACUAUUGUGGAUUGUAUUGAAGAUGAAUCCUAAACACAACCUCCUUCUUCGGCAGGUACCAGCUCUAUGUUUAAUUUUGGAAAGAAUUUACAAAAAAAGAAAAGACACAAUAGCGAUGUGGGAACACUAUCAAGAAAUGGUUCUUAAUUCAUCCAACCUUCUGCAGACCUUUAAAAGCUCAACGAAGAUAGCUAAUAUCGUACUAAAAGAAGUAGUGGUUCAGACGAAGAAGAUGGGGAAGCAGAUGAUGAUUUCGAUAGCAUGUUUUUCUAAAAGUAUAAGAAAUAUAGUUAUUCUAAUUAGCAUAAUUGUUUUCCUUAUCCUGCCUUCAGCGAUGGAUUAUAAGCAAUUCCUGAGCUUGCUAAUUCUAGUGAAUUUGGAACUUCAAUUAACAAAGACACAUAGAGUCUCCACAGUCAUAAAAAAUCAAUAGCUAACACAACAAAGAUUCUAAACACUCAUCCAAGCAACUCAUCAAGCACCGAUUUUAACUGUGAUUAAAUCCUCUUAUAGAAAAAUAUUUAAACUAUUCCAUCUUCUUUUUUAGCUAGUCUCAAUUAACAAUAAUAUUAAUAAGAUAUGGUAAACUAGCAAAUUUUAAAGCAAUAAUAAUAAGAAUAUGAGUAGGCCAAGUAAAAAUAUUAAAUGAAUUAAGUACUAAGACAAAAUCAGCCUUUAACAUAGACUAAUAGUUAAAUCAGCAGCAAAGCUAAGUCAAAUGAAAGUAAUGCUGGUUAAAUCAAAUCAAUCUAGAAUCCACAGUUUCUUAAUAACGAUGCAUCUGACUUCCAAAAAGGAAGUUAAUUCCAAAGCCAGCAAAACACUUCUAACAAAAUAAACUAACAGACAUAAUAAGAGACUAACUAAUCUUACAAGACAUAAAAAUCAUAAAGCCAUUCACCACUCUCAAGCAAUAACUUAAACAAUAAAAAUCUAAACUAAUAAAAUAUUUCUUCAUUUUAACAAUCUACAUCUCCUCUUUCAAAUAAUCAAAAUCCUUCUAUUAUUUCACCUAAAUCUAAUAAUUAAGCAUCAGGAUUAAUUAAUAAAAAUAUUGGUUCAUCUUAAUCCCAACAAAUUAAUCCUUCAUUAACCUCCUCUUCAAAUAUAUCUCAAUAUCAUCACAGCAGAGGCGAAUCUUCUUAAUUCUAUGCAACAAAUAAUUAGAAUGAAUUUAAAGAUUUGAACAUUAGUAAGUAUUCUAAAAGAAAUUCAAUUCAUGAGAUUUUUAACUAAGCUUCUUUAAAUGGUAGUUAAAAAACCAAUACUCAAAACGGCUAAAUAUUUUAAGUCUAAUCAAAUGAAUCAAAGUACUAAUAACAAUAAUAGUAGCAACAACAAUAAUAGCAAUUAUCUAAUACUAAUAAUAGCCUAAGUGGAAGAGGAUCUAACCUUUCUGAUUCCAUUAGACCUCUUGUUUAGUAGUUUAACUUGUAUAUGAAUGAACAUGAAAAAAAGGAAGAUUAAACAAUCAAUUAGCAAAGUCAUUUGCUUUUUCCUCAAAAGGUAAAUCUCUUGAUAAAUAAAGCUUUUGUUGAUAGAAAGGACGUAGGCAAGUAGCGCUAUUAACAAAAUUAAAAUGACUCUUCUGAAUAACACUCUAUGAUUGAAACAAUAGCCUCACCCAAAGAAGGCAGGUAAUCAAUAACCCCCGCUACAUCGCAAACAAAAGGAGGCUAAGAUAAUAAUUAAAAUAUACAAAUUUCAAGCUUUAGAUCAAAUAAAAACUAAACUGAGAAAAUGAAUUAAAAUAAUUAAUAAUAAAUCCAAUCUUAGACUUAUCAAAACAUUUCUAAUUCUACUAACUCACAAAAGAGCAGUAAUUUAAUGAGUUUUUCAAAUCAGUUAAACAUGCAAAUUAAUAAUUUUAACAAUAUUCUAAACUCUAACGAUUAAAAAUCAUAGAGAAGACAUUAGAAUGAUAACACUGAAUAAUUACAUGUAAGUAAUUCUAACACUUAUCCCACUCAUUAAAUUAAUUAAAGUAUUUCAUUUAACAACAAAUAAAACUAAAAUACUUAAUCCUUUGUAAAUAAUAACUAAGCAAGCAAUAACAUCUAAAAAACUUCAAACAAUUUUGAAAAAGAAAUCCAUCAAAUAUAAUAAAAUAACUACCUAUAAAACAACUAAAACUCUAAUUUAUAAUUAAACAGUUCUAGAAACUUACCAAAAGAAAGUGAAUCAACCUAAAGAAAAGUAAGUUUUAAUACAAAUAUGUCUUAGCUAGUAAGUUCCUAAAAUAUUGGUAAUUCUACCACUUCAUCAAAUAGCAAAAGCAGCAACAACAUUCUGAACUGCAGCAACAACAUUUCUAAUCCUUAAUAAAUUAUCAAUAUAUAAACUUCUUCCUAACUUAGUUAUCCUAGUUAGCAAUAAUUUUAAGGUAUAAGUUAAACUAUGUCAAUAGAACAAUCAUAGCAAAUUUAAAAGUAGCUUCAGCAAUUUUAAAUGUUGUAAUAAUAGCAACCUGCAUAAUAACUUAACUAAUAAUAGCUCUUGACAAUAGACUCAGAAUAGCAAAGAAAAACUUACUCCCAGAUUAUUAAAGAUUACUUAAAAGGUAAUGGCAGUUCUUUUAAGCUAGGUUAAAACACUCACAAUACUAACAGUGUUUAAAUUAGCAAAACCAAUAGCAAUUAGAAUACUUUGUAGAAGAGCAAUAACACCAUCACUAGAGAGCAAAAGCCUAAAAACAGUAGCAUAUCUACUAAUCCUCUGUCUGCAAAAAGUACCUAAAGCAAUCAGCUUGAAGGAAGAGUUUUCAUGCUAGAGUCAAAAGUUUUAUCUUUAAAAUAAAAGACUGACAAUUUAGAAAAAGUAAACUAAAAUCUUACAUAAGAAUUAAUAAAGAUUAAAGAAGAGAAAGCAAAUUACAUCAAGGAAAACUUAGAAAGCAAGCAGAGAAUUAUAGAAUUAGAAACAAUCACUAAAAAAAACGAAGAAAGCAUUACAAUCAUAUUACAAAUGCUUCAUAAAUCCCAAAGCGAUUAUGAAUAACUCCUAAGAUAACAGAAAUAAGAAGUUUCAACUAAUGUUUUUACUGACAUAUCUUGCAUAGAUUCACCAAAUGAGAUCUUUAAUUAAAAGGUUUAAAAAUAAGUUCUAUUAUAAAAUAAAAAUAUGAAUUAAAUUAUUGACUAUUGCGAUUAAAAAUCAAGUUAAAAUAAGUCAUAUUUACUUAGAGAAAAAGAAUAAAAAUUUUAAAACAAUUGCAACAUUACAAAUAGCAAUAAUUUUAAUUACAGCUAAAAAGGCAGCUUCGUUCAAUAACCUCAAAAUGCAGGAAAUCAGAAUAAAUUCUACAAUGAAAACUACUCUUUUAAUAGCAUUCUAUAAUAAAAAAAAUAAUAUAACCAAUAACAAAACGGAUUAAGUACCAAAUAAAACUCGCAAUUCUAGAACAAUCAAUAGAACAUAAACAAUAUCUUGAAGCCAUCAAAUCUUAAUGUAAAAUAAUGUUUCAUUUUUAUUAUCUUUAUUAACAAUUUUUUUAAUUAUAAAGUACCAAAACCAACCAAGACUAUCAUCUUAUCAAUGACUUAUAAAACAAAAUUUUAUCUGAUAAAUAAAAUAUAAUUAAAAACUAUUUAUAAAUAUAGAAAAUUAUAAAAUAAAUUAAAUACUGUAAAUAUUAAUCAAUCUACCAAUUUAUAUAUCCAUCCAUCCAUAAUUUUGCAUUUUAUUUUUAUAUAAUAAAAUUUUGUAGAAAAUAUAAAUACUGAAAAUACUAAAAAAAAAUAUUUCAAAAGUUAAUAGUUUGCUUUGAUUUCAUUUUUUCAUAGAGUAAUUUUAUUUAUUCAGAAUCAGGGUCAGAUUAAUGAGCCUUAGUUAUAUAUUCAAUAGCUUUAUCGUAGUUUGAGGUAUCGUAAUGAAUGA